AUAAUUAUUUUCUGCAAAUUUCAAAUUAGACGUCACUGAAAUGUAUUACGACAAUUCUAAAUUUAACAAAGUAACUCUGAGACUUAUAAGUACCUUUUGUGAUAACCUAUGAGUUUUGAGAAUUCACGACAAUUUAUUGUAGUCAAUUCAUAAUCUUUAGAGAGAUUAUAUUUGGCUUAAAUAACGGCUUUAUUUUUGGCGCGAAGUUGUUUCAUAGUUGUAUUUACCGAAAGGAAAUUUAAAGUGAUAUCUAUUGAAAAUUAUCAUAUACUCGUAUUAAAGGAAGUAAUAUGGAAGAUCCAGCAACAGCACGUUUAAAGGCAUUAGUAAUAAAUAGCAAUGAUGCUUUGGAAUUUAAAUUAGUACGUUACAUAGAAGACAUAGAAAAUGAUGAAACUACAUUUAAACCUGAUAUGUCGCAUCAGGUAUUUGGAGACAGUGAAUCUAUAUUUGGUUACCGGGAUCUGAGAGUGAAGCUAUACUACUCGGCAGGUUGUUUAGAAACAUAUUUGGGUAUGACUUACUCAGAAAAAAUAAGCAAAGCUCUUUAUGAAGGAGUUGAAGCUGAUGAAGUAUUGCCAAAAGUUGCGGACAAACUUGCUCCGCAAGUUCAUGAUAAUUUAGAUGCAUUUAUUAAAUCUUUGAAAAAAGAUGAUACGUUUAGACCUCAUGGUGAAUUACUCCAUUCUUUUUCUAUUAAUGAUGAUGGAUGUACAAGAAAAUUUGAAGUUUAUAAAGCAGAUAUGACUUACAAAGGAUUUAGAGAGUAUCACCAACGUCUACGAACAUUUGUUCUUUGGUAUAUAGAUGCUGCUAAUUUUAUAGACAUAGAUGAUGAUCGGUGGCACUACUUUAAUAUGUUUGAAAAAUAUACUGUGGAUGGUACUGUCCGUUAUGCAACCAUAGGUUUCGCUACUGUAUAUCAGUAUUAUGCUUAUCCUCAUCAUACUAGACCUCGCAUAGCUCAAGUUUUAAUUUUACCACCAUUUCAAAACAUGGGUCUUGCUGCUCAUUUGUUACACGCUAUUUAUCGUGAAUAUAUUGGAAGAAACGAGGUCAUAGAUAUUACAGUUGAGGACCCUUCUGCUAGCUUUCAGCGAAUAAGAGAUUACGUGGAUGCAAUGAACUGCAGCACGUUACCGAGUUUUUCACGAGAAUACCUGCUUCAAGGUUUUAAUAAAGCAAUGGCCGUAGAGGCAAAAGAAAAAUUCAAAAUUAAUAAGAAACAAGCUCGAAGAGUAUACGAAAUCUUAAGAUUACGUGCAACAGACUUAACAAAUGAACAAGAAUACCGUGACUACAGAUUAGAUGUAAAGAAGAGGUUGAAUAUUCCAUACAGACGAGAACAGAAUGAUUUAAAAAAACUGGAAUGUGCAUUAAAAACCAUUGACAAACGCGGGAACAUAACAUUGCCCUCGUUGGAACAGCGUAUACAAACUCUUGAAAAAGAAUACAGAGGUUUAGAAGAAGAAUAUAAAAAGGUUAUCAAACGUUUAGAAGAUGCAGAAGAACUUUGAAAUUCAAUAUUUUUUAAGCUUUUUUAUUAAAUCGGUUUAUACAAUUUGAA